CCUGUAACUGCAAUCUACAUGCCCGGCGCUGUCGCUUCAACAUGGAACUCUACAAGCUGUCGGGUCGCAAGAGUGGGGGCGUCUGCCUCAACUGUCGCCACAACACAGCAGGGCGCCACUGUCAUUACUGCAAGGAGGGCUUUUACCGAGACAUGGGCAAGCCCAUCACCCACCGGAAAGCCUGCAAAGCCUGUGACUGCCAUCCUGUUGGUGCUGCUGGCAAGACCUGCAACCAGACCACUGGCCAGUGUCCCUGCAAGGACGGGGUGACGGGCAUCACCUGCAACCGCUGUGCCAAGGGCUACCAGCAGAGCCGCUCACCCAUCGCGCCCUGCAUCAAGAUCCCUGUAGCACCACCGACCACUGCAGCCAGCAGCGUGGAGGAGCCCGAAGACUGCGAUUCCUACUGCAAGGCCUCCAAAGGGAAGCUGAAGAUUAACAUGAAAAAGUACUGCAAGAAGGACUAUGCCGUCCAGAUCCAUAUCUUGAAGGCGGACAAGGCAGGAGACUGGUGGAAGUUCACGGUCAACAUCAUCUCCGUGUACAAGCAGGGCACAAGCCGCAUUCGCCGUGGUGACCAGAGCCUGUGGAUCCGCUCCCGUGAUAUCGCCUGCAAGUGCCCCAAAAUCAAGCCCCUCAAGAAGUAUCUGCUGUUGGGCAACGCUGAGGACUCGCCCGACCAGAGCGGCAUUGUGGCUGAUAAGAGCAGCCUGGUGAUCCAGUGGCGGGACACGUGGGCACGGCGGCUGCGCAAAUUCCAGCAGAGGGAGAAAAAGGGCAAGUGCAAGAAGGCCUAGCGUGGUGCAGCGGGGCGCCACGGCCGGGUGAGCGCAAGCAGGCGGAGGCCGAGGUGGACUUGGCCCACAGGGCUUUCCCAGGUGGGGGGAGGGUGGGGGCGGGGCCGCAGCCGGCAUGGGGCGGGGCCCUUGGCGGCCCCUCCCCCAGCCUCACCCUGCGUGCCCUUAGCCAAGUGGCACUCGCAAAGCAGGGUGCACAGCAGGCUAGGUCCUGGAGAAAUGAGGACGAGACGCAGCUACCUCACGGGGCUCCUUCCAGAGCAGAGAUGCGCUUCCCUAGGGCUAGGUUGGGUCACCGUGGAGGGGCUGGGGGGGGCAGCAUUCCCUGGUGCCAGGGAGCAGGCACAGAAUGGCACAGGCAGGCUGCAGACGCAGGUCGUUGAUGGGUAUGGAGAAGGGGACAGGAGAACUGUGAAUUUUUAGGCCCGCAGCCUGGGCAGGGGUGCUGAGCAAGCCUGACCAACCACCCCAACCCAAGAGAUAAGGCCCCUCCUUUUUCCCUCUUUGCUGUCUAGGAAUUCCCACAGGACUCCUGGCUGUGACAUCCUGGUCCCCAUCUGAAGAGGCUGGGGUGGCACUGGGAGGAGGGAAGUAGCCUGGCCUGCAGCAUUCUUCAUGUGACCUCUGGUCUCCAUGGCCACCUGCUGGGUUGGAUCUCCUGGGUGGGGUGUGGGGUAUGGAACGGGGGUUUCGCUGUGAGGAGGCGAGGCUCCUGCGGCCCAAGCUGGCUGGGGGCUGGUCCAGGACUCUGGCCAGUCAAGCAGCAGGCCCAAGGACACCCCUGAGAAGCCCAAGCCGGGUGGUCACCGCCUCACCCUGGAGCUGCCUGUGGGAGGAGGCAUUGCAAAGGCAAAACCUCCCAGAGUGUUUCCUUUUUGGAAACUUGGAACCAGCCUCUUUUAUGACAUUUUCCAGGGGAGGGGGAAGGGGCACUGGCUGGGUUUACAGCAAUGACACUAUUUGUGUAAUGACAUCAGCUCCCACAAGGCCCUCAGUAGUGUCAACAGCUGGAAAGGGCAUGGGCAGGCAGAGUAUGCCACAGCGGGCUGGCCUCAGGGGAGGGGGCCUUCUGGAGUCAGGGUAGGGCUUGCUGGCUCAGCUAGGUGCCUGGGUGCCCAUGCCACAGGCAGACAGGGCCAGGAAAGGCCACACUCCUGGGAGCCAUGGAAGCCUUGACCACUUUAUGUUGCUCCCCUCACUGUUCACUUCCAAGGCAACAGACAAGCGUAUUGGGCUAAAAAGCCUGCUGCAGCCACCCUGAGGGCUGUUGUGGUCUAGCCUGGGUAGCACCUUGAGCACUCCUUCCAGGCCAUCCUCUUUGUGGAUCCCCCAUACUUUCCAGGAUGCCCAACCCCUUCCCAAAUCCAUAGAGACUGUUUCCACGCAAGCAGGCCCCAGCCUUUGAGUCUAGUUGUCUUGCAGGGCCUAUUUCUGUGCUCUGGAGCCUCUCGCCUCCCUGCCCUCCCAAGCUGUGCACUGUGCUGGGCCUCUGACUCCAUCCUCACACCCGGCACAUGGGAUGAGAAGCUUGGCUCUCUCUCAGGCAGGAAAUUGGUUUCAUUUUCCAUGCCAGAGCUUGGCUGCUCCAAAGAGCCGGUAUACCAAGAAUGAAGCUUGGCCUUUUGGCGACUGGGAUUCCCUCUGCUUCCCUCACUUCUGCCCGUGUCGCUGUUUAACUGCCAUUUAACUAGCACCUGCUCUGUGCCAGGCACUUUACCUCCAUAUUCCUAUCCUGUCAGAACCUCGUGGGACAAGGAGUCCCAUCUGUUUGCUGCCGGGGAGGGAACUGGCAUGCACUUGCCCAGGGUCGUGCUGCAAGCAUGCAGCUCUGGGACUCGGAUCCCAGAACCCACUCUAGCUAUCACCUGCCCUCAAGCCCCACAGCAGGCUGUGAAGGAUGUCAUGAACUGCCGCCCAGACCAGGCACUGGCCUCCCAAGGACCUUGGAUCCAGCCUAGAGACAGGAGCCUGGGAGAGGGUAGGGACAAGUGCGAUAUUUCCAGAGUGGCCAGCCAGAGUGCUGGAUGGAGCAGGGUAGGACACAGCUUUAUCUGCGGGUAGUCCUGGGAAACCCCAGGUUCCAGGACGGUAGACCUCAGUUCUUCAGCCCUCAUCAUAGGUGGUCUGGCUGCUCUGGGUAUGUGGCAUAAGGCUGGAGGGAAUCUAGGAGACUGGCAGAGAUGCCUCAGGGGCAGAGGAAAGACAACUGCCCUAGGCAGGGGCAUUUGGCUCCCUGAAACCUAAAGCUGGAGGGCAAGGGCCUCUCGCCAGGCCCUGGGCCUAGCGUGAUCUGCUAACACCAUUAGCUGCUAAAGCAGCUCUCUGGAGGUGGGUCUUACCCUGUGUGCAGUGAGAGCCUCUCAGCAGUGGAAUCAGGGUCUGCCCAGCCACAGGGUGUCUCACUGAAGACCAAACUGGCCUCCAACCCCACCUUCUGGCCCAGCUGCCCCUUUCCUGGGUGGCACAGGCCACUCACCCAGUGUUCUGACCCUGGGGGGGACUAUGGCAGGGUGGCCAGAUCAGCGAGGUCAGGGAUGAGGUCACUGCUGGGGUUGCAUAGCUCAUCCUAGGCUGCUUUCCCUGUGAUGAGCCUCCGGAACCGGCCCACGGCCCUGCUUCCCGCCCCUGCCCUCCACGUUAAGGACCCAGCCUCAGCAAAGCCACCCCCUCUCCACCCGGCUCCCACUCCAGGGAGGAGAUGGAAAUCAGAAUCAAGGCGUCGCAGUUGCAGCUUGUACAGGUAGAAGGGAUGUAAAACGGAACUAGAUUUUGAUUUUGAAGAGUGUAUUAACCAGAACUGUGAUAUGUAGGUUUUUGAGGACCAGAUUUAGUCUUUUUUUUUGGUUUUUAAAAAAUUCCCCAGGGCCUCUCCCCCCCCCCUUUUUUUUUUUACCAGCUGGGUUGGGUGGCCUGGUGCUCCUGACAGCCGAGUGCCUGCUUACUGAUACACAGAAACUCAAAAGGUAUGAAGUGGAGGGAUAGGGAAGAGGUUGGCCCACCUGAAGCACCUGCAGGCUGUGGCUCUGUGCACAGCUUCUGUAUUGGAAAGCAGUGGGGAGGCAGUGAGCACAAGUUCCCUCAGACAGGAGGGGACACCUGUGUGGGGUCAAAGCCCGGAGAGGCUGGGAGCUGCCCAAGGUCUUAGGGGCCUUUUGGAACCGCCCCAGUAGUAACAGGGGCACAGACUUGGUUGGAGUUGCCUCAGGUUGGAAUGAGACAGAAAUCAGAAGAGACCCUUAGGUACUGGGAAAUAGUUCCUUUGGGGUCUCAGUACUUGAAGGACCCCCUCCAUCCCCCAAGCCUAGAAAGUGGGCAAACUAGACUCUCUAUAAUGUGCCAUGGUUCAGGACAGACAUUCCUGCGGACCACAGCCUCACCAUACCCCAGGGGUAGGUACCAAAAUUGUCCUUGUGGGGCCCUGCCCAAACCCAAGCCAGAUCCCCUCGUGUCGAUGGACAGCCCCUCUCACCCUCCCCCUCUUCCCCUCCCUUCCCCAGCCCCCUCUUGUGUUGCGGAUUUCUGUUCUCUCAGAAUUGUAAAUGUUUAGUUGUGACCAUGACAUAUUGUUUGGGUCAGUGUUCCAUUCCAAUGCAUACUAAUAUAUUAUGGUUAUUAUAUAUGAAUAUAUUUAAUGACAUGGAAAAAGUUGUGGAUUUUUUUUAAGGUUUUUUCUGUUAGAGUUGUAAUGGACCCAGAUGGAACUUGUAAUGUGGGCCCCACAUGAUAGAACUAAAUUCAGAUUAUCA